AUUGCGUGGUUGCUUAUUAAACAUUGAUGGCUUUUCAAACCGUUUUUGAAAUUUUCAACGCAUCAGAAUCACAAACUGAGGCCAAUUUGUGAAAAACAUUUUUAAUUUCUUAUUGAGGGACACUUUGUAAAGACUUUCCUGUGCUUUUUUAUUCUCGAUUUUCACAGCAGUAGAGAGGACUUCACAUAAUCACCUUCGAGGAAUACUAGAGGCAUGAAGCUGUGGACUGCAGUCGGGAUCUGUGUGGCGUUCGUGACUCUGAUGUGCAUUGUGAUUGUGAACGAGACCAUCUCUGUCGUGGAUGUCCUCUCCACUCUAGUAUCCUCAGUCACCACUGUCGCCCUCAGCAGACCUCACGAGUACUCAAUCCUGGCUCUGAGUGGGAAGUAUCAGAACAGAAGUGUGUUCAACUUGAGUGACAUCUGCACUUGCGAAGUGGAGACGAGUGAUUACAGCAGCGACUGCAGUGUGUUCACUGUCCACAAACCAGCACUAGUGGGAGUGGUCGGAAGCACCGACAUGAUCCUCAUGCUAACUGUGGGUCCCAUGGACUGGCAGAAGAGGGAGUCGGUGGUGUUCGAGUGUCGACACUCCUUCGUCCCCCUCAUCACCUUCUAUGCAUUCCCUCUGCACUUCGAAACUGUCGUCAAUGAAAUCAUCGGCGGGGAGAGUGUGGCCUCUGUUCUUGACGAGACUGUUCUGAGCAGUCCCUCCCCCUGGAUCAACUCCAACACCAUCAACCAGGUGUUGCUAUCCAGAGAGGAGCACUACAAGACAGGCAAACUGGAGAAUACUUACAUAAAGACAUCUGUACUACAGGGCUCUCACGAGUACGAUGACCUCACCCAGGUCAUGUUCGCCAUGCGAGAGGGUCAAGUGGUCAUGGUGGACAAGUUGUACAAGGGCACUUUUUGGGCACUGGUCACCCUCAUGUGCACUGUUCUACUCUCAGUGGAAAGGUCAGUGGCAUUCAUCAACAGAGCGAAGAACAACAGACAGCAGAAGCUAAUGCAAAUAAACAAUAACAACAAUACCAACCUAACAGCCACUGAGAUACGAGUGUCCGAAGCAGGCGACGACGCUGACAUCAGGGCCACCCCGUCUCCGAGUGCACCCGAUCCGAACUUCGGAAACAAGGAUGAUGGUGUGAAUUCACGAGUGUUCUGGAGCGCAAGGAGUGGAUAAUUAUCUAAUCGGAACACGACUGCAUUUAUGCACUCAAAACUUCAGAAUACAUUGCAACUAUUGCAGCACUUAGCAUGUUUUUGCCCUGAGAUCGGAUCACUUAAUUGACUGCAUGAUAAUUUUUCAUGAACUUCUUCAAGUG